GCAUCCAUGCGGUCCAUUUCGUCCGGCGAAGCCGUUAGGACCAAAUCGUUUGGUUCUUAUUGUAUAAUAUAGUCUAUAAUAUUAUUAUUAUUUUGUCGACGGUUAAUAGUAUUAAGUGUUUAAAUAAUUAAUUUAUAAUCUAGUUUACCAAUAGAAUAUUUUGCUUACUCUGGAAAACAUAGUAUAGAUGCAUGCAAGUGGACAUGGAAUUGAAACUGCGAUAACGUCAUAAUUCCUUAGCACAUCUCAAAUAAAGGUCGAAGAACACUUUGGAACAAUAAUUAUGGAAGACUGGAUAAAAGUGACGUUGUUCCUGUGCACGUUUGCGUUCUUCCGAGAUUUUCGUCCAGUCGAUCCGUUUUACACGGCAUAUUUAACUAGUCCAGCUGUUAAUUUCACUACUACUCAAAUUACCGAAGAAAUUUACCCAUGGAAUGCGUACGCAUGUACAAGUGUGACAAUUUUUGUAUUUCUUGUUACGGAUUUUGUUCGAUAUAAGCCCAUUGUGAUAUUGGACGCUUUAAGUUCGAUGGUCAUGUACUGUUUAGUCAUGAAACCGGUUACUUUAUUCAAAGCACAGCUUGCGUUGGCUCUCACAGGUCUGUCGUCGGCUACCGAAUUGGCGUACGUUUCUUACAUAUAUGCGAAAGUCAAAAACCGAGCACUUUAUCAGAAAAUGACCGGUUUCCUUAGGGCGGCCUACCUGUUGGGCAGAUGUGUGUCUGCCACCGUAUCACAAAUCGCAGUAUCGUAUUUCGAUAUCGAUUACAAUACACUUGUGUAUCUUUCGUUAGCAGGUUCGACAAUGGCGUUUAUUUUUUCAUUCUUCUUGCCUACCGUGAAAGGUAGCAUUUAUUUUUACCCCGAACAAACGACAGAAAUCAACAAAGAAAUGGAUUAUAAAUCAAUAGAUACAACGUCAAAUAAAUCAAAGAAAUACUUCAAGCCUGCACCGAAGUCUCGGCCAGUCGUAGUCGUCUUGAAUCAAUUAUACUUGGAGUUAAAAGACACCUAUUCUAAUCCGUAUUUACUUAAAUACCUUAUAUGGUCGAGCGUGUCGACAGGCGUUUUUAUGCAGGUGUUGACGUACAAUGACGUUGUGUUCUCAAAUUUAAACAAACUCGAUCCGGUUAACAACAAACUGUACAACGGUGGAGUCGAUGCCAUAGCCUUUAUCGUUGGGGCGUUCGCUUCGUACGGCUUGAGUUACUUGAACUUGCAGUGGAAACGGAUAUCUAAUUUGUGUCUCUUCUUUGGAGCGUUGUUGAACUGUAUUGUGCUCACCGUAUACUCGAUGACGUCUACGUUGAACCUAGUGUAUUUUAUGUACUUUAUCUACAUGUUAAUCUUCAACGUAAUGUACAUAAUAGCCAGAUCUGAAACUGCCAAAUACUUACAACACGAGAGUUUCGCCUUUAUUAUUGGACUUAACUAUUUUGCGGCUUUAUGCGUUUCCAGCUUUUUGACAAUGGUAAUUGUUCAAGGAACAAUUUUUGAGAUUUCCAUUAGCUCGCAGUAUUACAUUUACGCAUUGAUCAAUGGAGGACUUGCUGUUUGGUUCCUAAUAAGUUUAUUUGUUCAAAAUAAUGAUUAUUGAAUAUAGCAACAAACAACUCCAAAUAAUAAAUAGAUAUGGACAAUAAAAAAAAACAGUUUUGUAGUUACUCUUGUACAAGUUGAUUUAGUCCGAAUUUUGUAUUUUUUUAAAUAAUACACGGAUAAUACCGAAAAAUAAAUAUC